AUGGACCACUUCCUGCAUAGGCUCAUGUCACCCUGGGGCUAUGUGGAGCUGACAACUAUGGAACCUGGCUUCUUUACCACAGCUGUGGGCAUGGCCCAAUCAGAGCUCAGGGAGUCUGGUGAGUUCUUGCUGGGGCUUAUAGGGCAACAAGCAAAUAAGCAGGUGGAGUGCAGAACAUUGCGAAAAACCCUCAGAGGUGUUCAUGAACAGGACCCAUAUAUGGCUGAAAGGCUGACUCUGACGCUUGCCCUGGCAACACUGACGUCUGCAUUUGGGUCGGCUUUCCAGUACGGCUACAACAUCUCUGUGGUCAACACCCCGCACAAGGUGAUUAAAGCCUUUUACAACGAGACCUACUUUGAGAAGCACAAGACGUUCCUAGACGAAAGCUCCCUGCUUCUCCUCUGGUCUAUCACCGUAUCCAUGUUUCCUCUCGGCGGCUUGCUAGGGUCUCUGAUGGUCGGCCCUCUGGUUGAUAAAUGUGGCAGAAAGAGGACCCUGCUGAUCAACAACAUCUUCGCCAUCGUCCCUGCCAUCCUGAUGGGAACCAGCAAAGUGGCGAAGUCGUAUGAGAUGAUCAUCUUCUCCCGGGUCAUUGUAGGAAUCUGUGCAGGUGUGGCCUAUAGUGCUCUGCCCAUGUAUCUGGGAGAGCUGUCCCUGAAAAAUCUCAGGGGAUUGCUGGGAACAAUGACAGAGGUCUUUGUCAUAACUGGAAUCUUCCUGGCACAAAUUUUCAGCCUUGAGGCAGUACUGGGGACCACAGCAGGGUGGCCCGUGUUGCUAGCGAUCACAGGCAUCCCAGCAGGGCUGCAGCUGCUCUUCCUGCCCUUCUUCCCCGAGAGUCCCAGGUUCACGCUGAUCCAGAAGGGAGAUGAAGAAAGAGCCCGACAAGAUUUACAGAAACUGAGAGGCUGGGAUGAUGUGGAGGAUGAAGUGGAAGAGAUGCACCUGGAAGAACAAGAGGAGAAGGCUGAGGGACGUCUGUCUAUCCUCAACCUCUUCACUUUCCGGUCCCUGCGGUGGCAGCUUAUCUCCAUCAUUGUCUUGAUGGCCGGCCAGCAGCUGUCGGGGGUUAACGCGAUCAACUACUACGCAGACACAAUUUAUACCAGCGCGGGUGUGGAUCCUGCUCACACUCAGUACGUGACCGUGGGGGCUGGCAUCAUCAAUAUAAUUAUGACGGUUGUCUCGGCUUUCAUCGUGGAGCUGUGGGGGCGGAGGACCCUGCUUCUGGCUGGCUAUGGGAUCUGUGGCAUGGCCUGUGCUGUUCUCACGGUGGCCCUCCUCUUCCAGAGCACGGUCCCUGAGCUGAGUUACCUCGGUGUCAUCUGCAUCUUCUUCUACAUCGCUGGACACUCUAUUGGGCCCAGUCCGGUUCCGUCCGUGGUCAGAACUGAAAUCUUCCUGCAGUCCUCCCGGCCGGCCGCGUUCAUGGUGGACGGUGCUGUGCACUGGCUCACCAACUUCGUGGUGGGGCUGGUGUUUCCCUUUGUCCAGGAGGGCAUUGGCCCCUACAGUUUCAUCAUCUUCACCGGUAUUUGCCUCCUCACUGCCCUUUACAUUCAUGUGGUGAUUCCCGAGACCAAGGGAAAAACUUUCGUGGAGAUUAACCGGAUUUUUGCAGAGAGAAACAAGGUUGAGAUCCCAGGAAAGACUGAAGGAACAACAGAUGCCAGACCAUCUCCUCCACCUCUCCCAUCCAGGGAAACAGCCUUUUAG